GCUUGAAGAUUGGCUCAAAACACUCAAGCUUCAGAAUUCAAGCUAUGAGUACCACUCAGGGAAAUGUUGCGACACCCAAGGGAGUUGCAAAGUUAACAGAUGAACCCGAUCAUCUUCUUGUUCUUGUUCAUGGCAUCUUAGCUAGCCCUAGUGACUGGACAUAUGUAGAAGCAGAGUUGAAAAAGCGCCUUGGAAGCAAAUUUUUAAUCUAUGCAAGUUCAUGUAAUACCUACACUAAAACCUUCAGUGGAAUUGAUGGUGCUGGAAAACGGCUAGCAGAUGAAGUUAUGCAAGUUCUCCAAAAGACAGAAGGCCUGAAAAGAAUCUCUUUUUUAGCCCAUUCUCUUGGUGGUUUGUUUGCAAGAUAUGCAAUUUCUGUUCUUCAUUCAUCAAAUUCCUUGGUUAGCGAUCAGCCUGAUCUUGCUGAUUCUAAUCCAGAAAAUCCUGCACACACUUCCAAAAGAGGAAUGAUUGCUGGAUUGGAGCCAAUAAAUUUCAUUACCUUGGCAACGCCGCAUCUAGGGGUGAGAGGGAGAAAGCAGCUUCCAUUUCUCUUGGGAGUUCCCAUCUUGGAGAAACUCGCUCCAUCUGUAGGAACUUUUUUAGUUGGCCGAACUGGUCGUCAGCUGUUCCUUACAGAUGGUAAACCCAGCAGACCACCUCUUCUUCUAAGAAUGGCAUCUGAUUGCAAAGAGGGAAAAUUUAUAUCUGCUCUUGCUGCAUUUAGAUGUCGUAUUGCUUAUGCAAAUGUCUCUUUUGACCAUAUGGUUGGUUGGCGCACAUCCUCUAUAAGAAGGGAGUCAGAACUUGUUAAGCCCCCUCGACGUUCAUUGGAUGGUUAUAAGCAUGUUGUAGAUGUGGAGUAUUGUCCACCAGUAUCAUCUGAUGGUCCCCAUUUUCCACCGGAAGCAGCAAAAGCAAAGGAGGCAGCACAAAAUGAACCCAACACUCGAAAUACAGUAGAAUACCAUGUUAUGAUUGAAGAGGAAAUGAUAUGUGGGCUACAAAGAGUAGGGUGGAAGAAAGUUGAUGUCAGCUUUCAUUCAGCAUUUUGGCCCUUCUUUGCCCAUAAUAAUAUUCAUGUGAAAAAUGAAUGGCUUCACAAUGCUGGUGCUGGAGUGGUAGCUCACGUUGCCGACAGCUUAAAGCAACAAGAAUCUUCUACAUUUAUCACUGCUAGCUUAUAGCAAUGAAGUUUAUUUUUUUAUGCACUCCAGGCUGAGACUUGGGUUAUUGGCACAACCAUGUAACAUAAUUACUUUUAUAAUUUGUUUGGUCUCUGAAGUUCUUUCUUUCCCAGAUUUUGUUUUGCUGCCUAUAGGUUCCUUGCCAAAUAAUAAUAAUCUGUCCCUUGGAAGGCUAUUAAACAUUAGUCCUCUGUCGAUAUCAGGAAUGUAUAUUGAGCAUCUGGCACUUUUGGGUAAAAAUCCUUACAGGUCUGAAGGUGAUUGCAGAACGGUGUCAAUUUAUCCCAUUCUGUUAAAGAACUAGAUGAAUAAAUUGACUCUCUCACAUAAUUUGUUCCA